GUUAUCCGAAAGGCCAAUGCGGAAAUGCAAAGUACCUACACACUGAUUAUAGGGCAGGGAGCUUUUAGCAAUAAUGUACCUCCCACCCUACCUCAUAUUAGCCUCAAAUAUCUCCCCUUAGGAGAUAGGUAGGUAAGGUAGACAUGUAUACUGCCUGCCUAACCUGCUAACCUCCUAUCGGAAAUGCAUGCGCCUAACGGGUUCGUCCAUGUAUCUUCCCCUCCAAUCUUCCUAGGUCGGGUACAGGAGGCUUGGCGCCAGUCUGAAAUUCCACUCUGCCCACCGUCACCACCAUACACGCCCGCAUCAUCGUCAACGUUGUUGAUCACACCGAGCCUCAUCCCGAUUCCAGUCUCCUUGCCCACCUCCGAGGUAUUCGAAGACACCCGCCGUUGUAUCUAUCACAAUCGCUACUUAGUCCUCCGUUUCAAACCCAGUUGCUGCCUAUAUUUGGCACAUCCUCUCUUCUCCCUGCUUGCGUCCCGAAGAACCCAUAAUUGAACGGGGCCACCCAUAUAGAAGCAGCUCGGCCGGGUACUCUUCUGGCAGCAAUCAUUUCAGACACGAACCCAAUCACAUAUUUGCAACUUCCAACAUGGCGCAGAACAACAUACAUAACCUAGUUACCUUGAUAAAGCGGCUCGAGACUGCGACCACCCGCCUAGAGGACAUCGCCUCGUCGACAAUAGAGCUGCCCCGAGCCGUCCCCGCCCUGUCCACUACGAUCCCGACACCCUCUAGCCCGACGCCGCACCACCACCUCCCUGCUCCACCGCCCCCAGCGCCGAAACAUGCACCCCAAGAGCCCUUGCCCGAGUCUAUCGAAGAGUUUGAUGCCUUCAUUCACCACGCGGUCGACAAAUAUGUCAAGGCGAGCAACAAGCUGGGCGGUUUGAUCGCAGAACAGGCCUCCAAGGUGCUCGAAGGCUUUCGACAGCAGCGCCGGUUCCUUCUCAUAUCCACCCAGGCCAAGAAGCCUGACAUUAGUGGGUCCGAGAUGGUUGUCUACCAAGAGCUCCUGAAGCCCAUCAACGAGGCCCUCAUAGCGGUUGGCAACAUCAAGGAAUCCAACCGCGGCGUUCCCGUCUUCUCCCACUUGAGUGCUGUAGCCGAUGGCAUCAUGGUCCUGGCUUGGGUAACCGUAGACAACAAGCCGUACACACACGUCGGAGAGUCUCUGGGGUCUGCGCAGUUCUUUGGAAACCGGGUGCUCCAGGAGUACAAGGACAAGGAGCCGGAUCAGGUUGAGUGGGUACAGGCAUUUUACCAAGUAUUCCGUGACCUCACCGUAUACGUCAAACAGUACUUCCCCGGCGGCAUCCCCUGGAAUCCGCAUGGACAGUCGGCCUCCGAGGUCGCCAAGACGCUCGAAUCCGCUGCGGGUCCCUCUGUUGGUGCGCCACCGCCCCCUCCGCCAUCCGCUGCCGGCGGCGCUCCACCGCCGCCACCUCCGCCAGGUCCGCCUCCUGUCCUUCAGAUCAAGGAACAAGCCGCGUCGUCCAAAGCCGAUGGCGGCUUUGGCGCCGUGUUUAAUGAACUGAACAAGGGCGAGAGCGUGACACAGAGCCUGCGCAAGGUCGACAGGUCGGAGAUGACACACAAAAACCCGGCGUUAAGGGCCGGGUCCACCGUUUCCGAUUCUUCUGCCCGAGGGAAGAGCCCUGCGCCCGGCAAGAAGCCCAAGCCCGAGAGUAUGAGGGUUAAGAAGCCCCCGAAGAAGGAGCUUGAUGGCAACAAGUGGACGAUCGAAAACUUCGAAAAGCACGCCGAGCCGAUUGAAAUCGAGGCCGAGAUGACACACUCCAUCCUGAUAAGCCGGUGCAACCAGACGACCAUCAUCGUUAAGGGCAAGGCCAACGCGGUAACGGUCGAGAAUACGCAGCGCCUGUCGCUCGUGGUCGACUCGCUCGUGUCUACGGUCGACGUGGUCAAGUCGAGCAAUUUCGCGCUACAAGUCCUCGGCAACCUACCGACCGUACUGCUCGACCAGCUCGACGGCGCGCAAAUCUACCUCAGCCCCGAGAGCGUCUCGACACGCAUCUUUUCGAGCAAGUCCGCCGGCAUCAACGUCAACGUCAUCGCCCGCUCUGCCGACGACGACGACGAGGGCGACUACAAGGAGAUACCGCUCCCGGGCCAGAUAUGCUCCUACUACGACGUGGAGAAGGGAACCAUGGUAAACGAGAUUGUGGAGCACGCUGGUUAAGAGAGGCGGAAGUACGUAUAAACACGUACGCGCGCGCGCACAUACGACCUGUCUCUGCCGUCCAUCCGAGUAGUGUAUAGUAUGUAUGGCCGCGUACGUACGUAGAUUUAGUCGUAAGAAGAAGAACGAGAGGUAGAGGUAGAUUGCCGGGGUGGGUGGGGAGGUGUCGAAGAGGAAGAAAGAAGAAGAAAGAAAAAACCACGACACCACUACCGAGCGAGGCAGUCCAUAUCCC